AUGCUCUCGGGGAUCCUGAUAUUCAAUCAAAAAGGCGAGAAUCUUAUCUUCCGCGCCUUCCGAAGCGACUGCCGCCCACGACUAGCAGAUAUCUUUCGCAUCCAAGUCAUCUCCAACCCGCAAGUCCGCUCCCCGAUCCUGACACUCGGCUCAACCACCUUCAGCCAUGUUAAGCACGAGAAUAUCUACAUAGUCGCCGUGACUAAGAGCAAUGCCAAUGCUGCGCUUAUCUUCGAGUUUCUCUACCGGCUUAUUCUGCUCGGGAAGAGUUACUUCGGGAAGUUCGACGAGGAGGCUGUUAAGAAUAACUUUGUGUUGAUUUAUGAAUUGCUUGAUGAAAUCUUGGACUUCGGAUAUCCACAGAACACAGAGACCGAUACACUGAAGAUGUACAUCACAACCGAAGGUGUCAAGUCCGCCAUUGCAAACUCCCCCACAGACUCAAGCAAAAUCACCAUGCAAGCGACCGGUGCGCAAUCAUGGCGCCGCGCAGACAUCAAAUAUCGCAAAAACGAAGCCUUCGUCGACGUAAUCGAAGACGUAAACCUCCUGAUGUCAGCAACCGGCACCGUCCUCCGCGCAGACGUAAAUGGCCAAAUAGUCAUGCGAGCCUAUCUCACCGGUACCCCGGAAUGCAAAUUUGGACUCAAUGACCGACUCCUCGUCGACACGGUUGAUGCGCCCGGACCAAGCAAAAAGGGUGACGGAGGCGGUAUCUCGGGUGUUAAGAAGACAACAAGGGCAGCAGCGGGCUCGGUCACACUUGAAGAUUGUCAAUUUCAUCAAUGUGUUAAAUUGGGCAAAUUCGAUGCUGACCGGAUUAUCUCGUUCGUGCCGCCGGACGGCGAGUUCGAGUUGAUGCGGUACCGUGCUACGGAGAAUGUGAAUCUUCCGUUUAAGGUUCAUCCUACUGUUAGGGAGAUUGGGACGACGAAGGUCGAAUACAGUGUGGCUAUUAAAGCGAAUUUUAGCGCUAAGCUCUUUGCAACAAAUGUGGUUGUUCGGAUUCCUACGCCGCUUAAUACGGCUAAGACUACUGAACGGACUAGUCAGGGGAGAGCGAAGUAUGAGCCUGAACAGAACAAUAUUGUUUGGAAGAUUCCUAGGUUCUCGGGACAGGCGGAGUUUGUUCUCAAUGCGGAGGCUACCCUCACCUCUAUGACGCAUCAGAAGACUUGGAGUCGGCCGCCGAUCAGUCUUUCGUUUAGUUUGCUUAUGUUUACUUCGUCUGGUCUUUUGGUUCGAUACCUUAAAGUCUUUGAGAAGAACAAUUACAGUUCUGUUAAGUGGGUGCGCUAUAUGACGCGUGCAGGAAGCUAUGAAAUCCGAUUCUAG